UUUCGUCACCCUGUUGUGAAAUGGCCGCGAAAAAUUGCGGGAAAUUACUGACUGAAAUAUUGGUAUGUUUCAUUAAGGCCGUGAACUAGAAACAGACCUUUAUGAUGUCGACUUUGACCGCGUUGUCUCAAUUGGAAACACUCUUUCAUUGCGAUCAAUGCGACUCUGUUAUGAAAGGAGGUGUGGCUUUCGUGUUGAGUCAAUGCCGUCAUUCUUUGUGUGAGGCGUGUCAAUCGAGCUUCGUGGGCGGUAACUGUCCCGUGGGUGGAUGUGAUCGACCCAAUCAUGGCAAGGAUAUUAUUAAGGACCGUCUCAUGAAGGAAAGAUUGGAGGCCUUGUUGGAAAUGCGUCAAGCCUUAGAAUCGAUCGAAAAUAUCGGCUCACAUCACGAUGAGCCCUUCGCCAAAACGGUCAGUCCACAUCCACCCUCACUUCAAUCCGUUCCCGUUCUCCGGGAAAUCAAGGAGAAGGUUACAAACCAGAAGGUCGUCAAGCCAAAGCCCAAGGCUAGAUCUAAAGCGCCCGCGAAAAUCCAACAGAAGCGUUCCAUUUUAAAAGCUAUUCCAUCGGAAGGUGCGAAUAAGUCUCCCUCUUCAGAAACUGAGGAAAAUAUCCGGAUGGCUCCUCCAACAAAGAUGCCCAGCUCCAAACCUGAACGUCUACUCAACAAAAAGAAUGCCAAAGGAGAAACAAAGCUCCACGUGGCUUGUAUCAAAGGCCAAGUGGAUGAGGUCAAACGUUUGCUGGACCUGGGGGCCAACCCCAACACUCAGGAUCAUGCGGGUUGGACCCCGUUGCACGAGGUGGCCCAAAAUGGCCAUGUUGAGAUUUUGCGCUUGCUUUUGGAUAGUGGAGCGGCGCCCAAUGUGCCUGGAACCGAUAAUGUCACUCCACUUCACGACGCAGUAGUCUCUAAAGAUGUCCAAUCGGUGGAAAUAUUGGUCAAGUAUGGAGCUAAAAAAGACGCCAUCAACGCCAAAGGCCAAACCCCUCGUGAUUUAGCGUCGAAUGAAGCAUUACGAGAGACGAUUGACCGUACCGAAUGUGAUAUGACGGCUUCCGAGCAACUGGAAACAUCCUUGAUUCAUUUCGCGGCCUCGGCUCAAGAUGGUCAAGUCAAGGUUUUGCCCCUGGAUUUGAGUGCUGGCGAAAUUGUAGCCCUCAAAGGAGCCCAAUCCUCAUUGGGAUUCAAAAUUGACUCCAAAUUGAACCCAAGCAUCACACAUGUUCUCUUUACGGGAUCUUCAGAUCUGGCAGUGGAUGGAAAUGCAGUCUACUACAGAGCCCUACUCUCAGGCAAAUUGCUCCUGCGCUUCAAUUGGUUGGAAACCAGCGUUAAAACGGGUGAACUGGUCUUCGAUGAAGACGACAUGGAGACCUACCUCAUCAAAGGCACCAAGACCUAUCCGUUUGGGGCUCCAGCCAAAGCAUGGGCCAAUGGUCUGCAGAAGUUGCCCGAGCUCUUUGACAACUGCCAUUUCUUCUUCAAAGGUGAUUUCAAGCCCAAUGAUUGUUAUCCAGAUAAAUCUCAGUUGGUUGGCAUUGCACAAGCCGGGGGUGGGACAGUCUUGACCAGAGAACCAGAUCCGGAAAGUAUUCCCGCCAAUGAGCAAAAGAUUCCAUUCCAUGCGGAUCAAAAUGGUCCGUUGGCCAAGUGCUCUCAUUUUAUCAUUUACCAAGAAGGCAGGACUUUGCCAAAGAUGAGGUACAAUAUGCCCCACAUCAAGACCUUGUCUCUGGCUUGGUUCUUUGAAUGCAUCAAUAACUUUCGACUUGUGGAUCCGUUCGAAUGAACGCGUUAUAUUUCAUGAAAAAUGAUGCUUUACAACAAACACCCAGGUGGCUUUCUUGUUCUUUCCGUUUCUUCCGUUCAAACAUCGCAAGCGAAUCGAAGAGCCUGGUCCAAAUCCUUGAUGAGGUCCUCGGGGUUCUCCAGACCCACAGAUACUCGAAUGAGAUUCUCGGUGACGCCCAAAGCCACUCGUUCCUUUUCAGCAAUGGAGGCGUGGGUCAUUAAAUAUGGUAGCUCGGCCAAAGAUUCGUACCCGCCCAAACUCUCUGCCAGAGUCACCAAUUGCAAUUGAGACAGGAACUUUCGCGAUUCGGGCAAUUUACCCUUCAAGUAGAACGAGAUCAUUCCGGAGUGUCCGUAUUGUUGCUUCUUCACCAAAUCGUGUUGGGGAUGAGACGGCAGACCCGGAUGACGGAUGGAUUCCACGCACGGGUGUUUUUCCAGGAACUCUCCAACCACGAGGGCAUUCUUUUGAUGCUCCUCCAUACGGAUAUUCAAGGUUUUCAGACUCCGGUUCACGAGAUAGCAAUCGAAGGGUGAUGGCACGGGUCCAAUGGCAUUUUGCAGGAAUCUGAUCCGAUCGUGGAGAUCGGAAUCGUUCAAGGCGAUUGAUCCCAUGAUAACGUCGCUAUGACCGUUCAUGUAUUUGGUCAAGGAAUAGUACGUGAUGUCGGCCCCCAACUCCAGAGGUCGCUGUGGAAAUCGGUACCAAUAUUAGUUAUUCGUUUGCCUCUUGAAACAUAACAUUGGAUGUUUUUAAGAGCUCUUACCUGGAAAUAAGCCGACUCGAAGGUGUUAUCAACCACCAAGAACACUCCAGGUUGAGCGUGGACAAUAUCUGCCACGGCCUUGAUAUCGGUCACUUUCAAAGUAGGAUUGGACGGGGUCUCCACCCAGACCUGAAAUGAAAAUUCGACUUUAUCCAAUGGAAAUCCCGAGGUAAACCCGCUUCGUUGGUGAAACACUGACCAUCUUGGUGUUGGGUCGCAGAGCCUCUUUGAUCUUUUGGGGGUCAGUGGCAUCAACAAAAGACGUCUCGAUGUUCAUCCUGGCCGCCACUUGCCGGAAAUAUCGGUUGGUUCCGCCAUACAAAUCGUUCAUGGACACAAUAUGGUCUCCAGCAUUCAACAAGUGGGUCAAGGAAGUGGUGGCAGCCAAACCCGAGGAAAAGGUCACGGCAUACUUAGCCCCAUCCAAACUCGCCAAGCACGCUUCCAAGCAAUCGCGGGUGGGAUUUCCCGAUCGUCCGUACUCAUACCUAAACACGAGGAGUCCAAUUCGUCAUUCGUGUCCAUGGGAAGAACUAACAAAUCUAUCAGGAAUACAUACUUCUUGAAAUCAGCCGGUCCCUGUUGCUUGAACGUGGUAGACAUGGAGAUAUGAGGCACCACGGCCAUAGAGUUCCAUUGCUCGGGCUCUUGACCUUCGUGAAGGGCCUUGGUCGAGAAGCUCGGAUCGUUGGGGCGGAAAGCGGACAUGAUGAGGAUAUCUGAUGGGAAGAGCACAAAUUUAAGGUGUGAGAUUGACUGUACGGUUCCCGGGAUUUCACGAGUGAAGCGUGUCAGUGAAGAGGAAAGCUCUGCAGAUCUGUCCAGUUGGCACAGCUGUUCUCUUGAGCCACUCGUGAACAGAUAGGCAUAGAAUACAGUUCCUAACGGUCAGUUGUCAUUUCGUGGUUGAUAGUCAAGAUUUUACCUAAGGAAAACCGGUUAUCAUAGAAGAAAAAUGUUUUCUUGUGUGUUUCACUUUUACGACGGUUGUGACGACAAAAUACACCUCUAGUUAUGUU